GCGUCACCCGCCGGGCGGGGCGCUGCGGCGUUCCCGAGCCCCGGUGCCGCCGCGGUGGGGUUCUCACGCUCCGUCCCGCGGAGCUGACGGGCCGCGGGCGGAGCGGAGCGGGGCGGAGAGCAGCGCCGAGUCGAGCCCCAGGCGCGCCCCCGCACCGUGACCGGGUGGAACGCGGUGACCCCGGCGCCGCGGCACCUCCCGGCUGCGGGCGGUGGCGGCGGCAGCCCGCAGCCUCGGCACUCCCCGGAGCUGGCCUCGACAGCAGCAGCAGCAGCACCCCGGCCGGAGCUAUACCCGAGGUCUCCAUCACCACCUCUCCUGAUGAAGCGAGUGGGCAGAGCUCCCUCGAAGGCAUUUUGUCUGGUGGUGACACUUCCAUGAGUCAUCUUGUCCCUCUACGUGUGUCACCCACCACCCCGGGGGGCACGGGGGUGUGCCUGCCGGCUGGAGCUGGCUCUGGUGGCAGGGGCACUGCCUGCACCCUGCUGGGGGGGCUUUGAGGGGAAUGAAGUGUGGCUGGCCCAGGUGUGAGGGGCUGAGCCACCCACCCCUCAUCCCUCGUUCCUUCCCCUCCAGCUGUUCCAGCUGUCUGCACUUAGGACCUGGAGGAAGCACCCGGCGCUGGCCAAGAGGGAUCAUGUGAUGGUGGUGUCCACGUCUCCCUUUGUCCCCUAUCCUGGGCUUGCUGACCUCCCAGCGAGGAUGGGACUGCCAGCUCUUGCCCUGCUGCUGGCAUCGGGGCUGCUGCACACGCAGGCCUCCUCUCCGGCACACUCCUUCCAGCUGGAUUAUGAGGAGAACUGCUUUCGCAAGGAUGGUGCCCCUUUCCGCUACAUCUCAGGCAGCAUCCACUAUGCCCGUGUCCCACGCCCUGCCUGGAGGGACCGGCUCCUCAAGAUGUACAUGAGUGGGCUUAGCGCUGUGCAGGUCUAUGUCCCCUGGAACUACCAUGAGCCACUGCCAGGGGUUUAUGACUUUGCUGGGGACCGGGAUGUGGAAGCCUUCCUCGACUUGACAGCUGAGCUGGGGCUUCUGGUGAUCCUGCGGCCAGGGCCCUACAUCUGUGCAGAGUGGGAGAUGGGUGGCCUGCCUGCCUGGCUGCUGUGGAAACCAGACAUUGUCCUGCGCUCCUCUGACCCUGACUACCUGGCAGCCGUGGACUCCUGGCUCCAUGUCCUGCUACCCAAGAUCAAGCCACGCCUGUACCAGCAUGGAGGGAACAUCAUCAGUGUGCAGCCCCUGCCCUGCUCACAGGUGGAGAAUGAAUAUGGGAGCUACUAUGCCUGUGACUAUGGGUACCUGCGGCACCUGCUGGGCUCCUUUCGCGCACUGCUGGGGAGUGAGGUGCUGCUCUUCACCACCGACAGCAUACAGGCCGAGGAGCUGCGCUGUGGCACGCUGCAGGGGCUCUAUGCCACCAUCGACUUUGGGCCAGACUCCAAUGUGACAGAGGCGUUUGGUGCCCAGCGCCGGGUGGAGCCGAGGGGGCCCCUGGUGAACUCCGAGUACUACACGGGCUGGCUGGACUACUGGGGAGAGGCGCACGCCAGCACCAGCUCGGCUAGUGUGGCCCGGGGGCUGGAGGACAUGUUGCAGCUGGGAGCCAAUGUCAACAUGGCUUGGGCAGGGCUGGGACUGUGGCUGCAGCAGGGAGGGAGCGGUGCCUGGAGAGCACCCACAGGGUCCGUGGAGGUGGUGACAGAGCUCUUUGGGGUGUCCUGCAGGUACAUGUUCCAUGGGGGAACGAACUUUGUCUACUGGAGUGGUGCUGACUUCAAGGACCAGUACAAACCAGUGACCACCAGCUACGACUAUGAUGCCCCCCUCUCAGAGGCGGGAGACCCCACCGAGAAGCUGUUUGCCAUCCGCACAGUCAUCAGCAAGUUCCAGUCCCUGCCAGUUGGUCCGAUGCCACCUGCCACCCUGAAGUACGCCUACGGCUGGGUGGCUCUGCGGAAGUAUGCCGACCUCCUGGAUGUCUUGGAUGUGCUGUGCCCCUCCGGGCCCAUUCAGAGCCAGUUCCCCCUCACCUUUGAGGCUAUAAAGCAGGCCCAUGGCUUCGUGCUGUACCGCACACAGCUGCCCUGGGACGUCCUGGACCCAGCUGUGCUGGGCACUCCUCCGCACCACGUCUGCGACCGUGGCUAUGUGAUGCUGCAGAAGGAGUACCGGGGGACGCUGGAGCGGGAUGGGCAGACAACACUGUGUGUGACAGGCAGAGCUGGGGAAACCCUGGAUGUGCUCCUGGAGAACAUGGGCAGGAUCAGCUUCGGGGCCAACGUCAGUGACUUCAAGGGCUUCCUGGGGAACCUCUCCUUGGACUCCAGCCCUCUCAGCAACUGGCUGAUCUAUCCCCUGGCCAUAGACACUGCCGUCCAGCAGGGCUGGCCACACACUGCUCCACCACAAUCAAGCAGUGGGGGCAGAGCAGGGCCAGCCUUCUAUACUGGGACCUUUGAGACCCCUGGCAUCGCCUGGGACACCUUCGUGAAGUUCCCAGGUUGGAGCAAGGGCCAGCUGUGGAUAAAUGGCUUCAACCUGGGCCGGUACUGGCCCCGCCGUGGGCCACAGCAGACCCUCUUCGUGCCCGGCUCUGUGCUGCACGUUGGCCGCCCCAACAACAUCACAGUGCUGGAGCUGGAAGGGGCACCCUCCACCCCUCUCCUGCUCUUCCUUGACCGACCCCUUUUCAACAGGACCCUCAGCCACGGCACUGCAGUAACAGAAUAAACACGGGGCUGCCAGGUACAGGCAGCACUUCUCA